AUGCCGCUGCCCAAGAGAUCGAUAGAACCCGUGCAUGUGGCCCGCUCCGUCUACCAGCAGGAUGAGCUGCAGUCCGUGGAGCUGGAGACGGUCACCAACACAACGCUGACGAACAUCAUCCGCCAGCUGUCCUCGUUGUCCAAACACGCCGAGGAUGUGUUCGGAGAACUGGCCCGUGACGUGGGCAAUAUCGGGGAUCGGGCCAACUCCUUGCAGGCUCGUAUCGAUCGCCUGGCCAUCAAGGUGACCCAGCUCGACAGCACCGUUGAGGAGGUACCCCUGACGGACAUAACUCGCAAAAAAGCGUUCAAGUCGGCCAAGGUAUUUGACCAGCAAAUCUUCUCGCGCGCCACAAUGCCAGCGCCCAUGAUGGACACAUAUGCUCAGUGCGACAAGCCGCCGCCGCUGGACAAGCUCAACGUCUACAGAGAUGAUGGCAAGGACGGACUCAAAUUCUACACGGAUCCCAAUUACUUCUUUGAGCUGUGGCGCCAGGAGAUGCUAAAGGACACUGAGCGUGUGAUGCACGACAAGGGCAAGAAGCUAAACAGACCGCGGCAGGAAGGAGGAGCCGGUGGACCGGCUGGACGUGGCAACAAAAAGCAGAAGACCAAAAUAAGGGUGCCGCACAACACGCGCGAGCAGCAGCGACAACGUGCCCUGGUGCACGGCGAAACAUUGAUGCCCAACAACGUCAUCUACCGCACACCAAACUCCAUGGUGAACGAAGAAGCCGGAUACGGAAUUCAGCUAGUCAAAAUACAGACUGUGGGCGAGGCUGACAUCGAUUUGCGGCAAUGCACUCUCGAUGCGCACCACCAAGUUGUCGGUAAUAUCCAAGACGUAGAUACAAUAAAGCCUUAUAAUAUGCUUUCGCAUUUGGAGAAUAACAGUAAUGUCACCAAGCAAACCGCCGUUGCGAUUGCAGAUAUGGGAGUUUACGAUACUCGUCCACCUCGACCUAACUCGAUCGAGUUGAACCGAAGCUACCAUUCCGAGCAGAUCGAUGGUACCUACGAGCAGCUUCCUCCCCAGAUGGGCAAUCAGUAUGCGGCCACCUUCGGCAACGGAAUGGGUGGACCCCAGCAGAUGCACAUGCAGCAUCAGCAGAUAUACGACGCAGGGCUGUAUCAGUCACACGCGCUGUACGGCCAAACGGGCCAGGGUGUCAUGUCGCCGGAACCCAUCUACGGACCGGGCACACCAUCGCGGAAUAAGCCGCGUCCCUCGCAGCCGCCACCGGCUCCGCCGUCGAAUGGCAGCGGUGGAGGCACGCCCACAGCCUCAAAUGCCAACACUCCGACCCGGGGCAGAAGUAUGUCGACCAGUCGGGACGCCUUGCCACCGCCUCCGCCAGUUCCAGACGUCAUUUCACCAAUGUCCGCCAUGAACGGAGGCAACAGCGGCCACAUGGCGGCCAAACUGCUUGGCCGGGCAAACAGUUCGUCGGGAGCUGGAUCUCCGCAGAUGACCCCCAACAGCGUCCAAAAUGCCAAUGAUAUGGUCAUGACGCAGCUGAGCAAUACUUUCCACAGCAUCGGGAUGGCGGGCAACCAACUGAACUCCCUUAGCGACUUGCCGCCACCACCGCCGGUUCCAGAUCAGCAUUCGCCCAAGAUGUCGCCACCUAACGCCGCUCCACCGCCGCCUCCUCCACCACCACCUGUAGAGGAGGGAAUGGGUAGUGGCAACCAGCACACGCUGCGCCCGCACCAAAUUCUGCCCAAAUCAUUGGCCAACGGCGAAAUGCAGCCUGGCCAACAAAAUGGUGUGCCACACAUUGUCGCACCUAAAAAGAUGUUGCCUCCAUUCCACGACCCACGCAAUGAUUUGAUGAAGGCCAUUCGGGAUGGUAUUACUUUACGCAAGGUUGAAAAGUCGGAGCAGAAGGAAAUCGAACGCAACGCGGCGCCACUGGAUGUGGCCUCAAUCUUGGCCAGACGUGUGGCUAUCGAAUUAUCAGAGUCCGAAGAUUCCGAUAGCGAGGACGACAGUGAGGGCUGGAUAGAACCAAAUGAAACAUCGGCUUGAUCCCUGAUUAACUCGUUAAAGCCCGAAAUAAUUUUAAAAAACAAAAAGAAAAAGUAAUUCCAAAGAGAAUUAAUCCAUACGAUGGUCUAAACCAAGCGUGGUAUGCAAUUGGAUUACACAAAAGCACCAAAGCUUUUCUACCACCCUUUAAACAAAAUACACCUAAUCCUAAAUCAUAUAUCUAAAAUCAAAAACUUUAAUAGAAUUGUAUAUACACCAACGAGUAAUUAUCGUUAAAGUAAUCGCUAUAGUAAACGCAUUUGAACUUUAA